ACCCGACAGCAGCGCGCGCUAUGUUUCUUCUCACAGUGUUGGUUCUUCCGGUCCUCUGUGGAGCCGGUUUGGCGUCGGAAGGUUACUUUUACCGGCGCACGGAUCCGGUCACCGGAGAGCAGCUGCUGUGUGACAGGUGUCCUCCAGGAACGCGCAUGCGCGCGCACUGCACGUCCUCACGUCAGACGGAGUGCGUGGCCUGUGGAGCGGGUCUGUUCACGGAGUUCUGGAACUACAUCCCGUACUGUCUGCGAUGCGACGCGUGCUCCGAUCACCAGCGGGUCGUUCGGCCGUGUAACGGAACCGUGAACACGGUGUGCGAGUGUGAAGCGGGCUUCUUCUGGGAUCAGCACUUCUGCAGGACACACAGCGAGUGUAAACCGGGCCACGGAGUCCAAGCUCCAGGUACCCCACACAGAGACACGGUGUGUGAGCCCUGCGCAGACGGACACUAUGCCAACAUCAUGCAGACACAUGCAACAUGCGUUACUCACAGCGCUUGCAAAGCAGAUGAACAGCUGGUGCUGCCCGGAUCCAGGUGGCACGAUAACGUGUGUGCAACCUGUGACCAUCUCACACAGAAAGAUUGGGUGGAUUUAUUCAAGUCGGUUCUGUCCGGUCUGCACGUUCAGUACGGGACUUCCACUGAGCGUCUGCAGAAGUUAGUGAACCGCCGUCUGCGCAAGAAGAGGUUCGGCAAGCAUGCAGCGCUGCAUCCGACGCAGCAUCUCCAGCACUGGAGCAAAGAGACAUCACAGGAGGAGCCGCUAAACCUGCCGUCCAUCCUGGAGGAGUCACACCUGAAUCUGCUAGCAGACCGGAUCGCACGCAAGAUCCGCCGAUCCCAGCAACACUGCAGCAAAACUCCACCGCAAGCUUUAUAACAGAUGAAGCCUGUUCACACUGCACUGAAAAACACCCUGCACUGAUUUGAGUUUGACACUGUCUCACCUGUUUUAGAAAAUCAGAUUUUGUCGUGACCGUUAGCUGCUUUGACAUCUGGAUCAGUUUAACACUCCAGUAAAGGAUGUUAGAUGUGUGACACUCAGAUUGUACACGGGCACUUUACAGUCUGUCCUGUCAAUAAAUUGAACAUGCUUUGUUGCAUUAGACUCCUCUGUUUUAAAGUAUUGCAGAUUAUUUUUUGUAAUGGUUUUGCAUUGAAAGUUUGUUCUUUAUUUUUUUAUUCUCUGGAAAUAGUUACCAGACAACAAAACGGCUCAUUAAACACACUGAAAAGAGCGGAUGUGAAAUAUAUCUUGUCUCUAGGGUUUUCCUUUGAAUUACCUGAAAUGCAUCUACUGUCGUUUUUUUGGCAAGAUAAGAGUAACUUCGUGCAGUUUUGUAUUGCAUUUACUUAUUCAGAUUUCACCGACAAGAAUUCACUUGCACAACUGUGGAAACAAACAUGAAGUUUCAAGUAAGAAAGGAGUUCAUCAAGACACAAAUAUUGGGUUGACAAAGUCUGAUCAGAUCAUUUAUAACUCAAGUUAUUGUUAACUAAAACUUUUUUUUUUUUUACUUUUUUGAAAAUUCAAAUAAAAUAAAAUAAAAUUAAUGAAAAACAUUAACUGGUAGCUAAAAUAAAUGAAGUGAAGUUGAAGUACUAAAAGUCUCUUGUGCCUCUUUGGAUUGAUUUCUGGUUUUGACCCCUGCUUGUUGGAUUCUGAUUUGGAUUACCCAAUAAAUACCACACUGCAUUUGGA